AUGUAUGGCGAGCCCAUCAACACGAUUCACGCUGCUGAACCGGCGAAAAUACCAAGCCAUCCGGCAGCACACCAACAGCCUGCAUCAGCAUACGUUAAGGUGCAAUGCCACCUCGGCGACCAGGCCCUGGCCGACCGAAGUUUAAUGUUUGGUCAAGCACAUCGGAUCAAACAUCUCCUUUUGAGAGGCCUACCCCAAGUUCCAAUCACCCCUUUUGUGGUCACUUUGAUCAUCGCAACGAGACCCAAGCAACUGCAAUCAGCUGAACAAGUACCGUUACAAAGGGAAUUUUGCAGAUUGCAAUGGAUUGGUAUUGCAAUCUUUGUUAGCUUAAAUAUUGCAUAUACAAAUCAAACCCCAACCAAACUAGCAGCUCGUGAUGGUCCGGCUCCAGCACUAAGGCCCAAACCUGUAAUGGGGUGGAACUCUUUCUACCCUUCGGGUUGUGAGGCUAACGUAAAUCGUAAGGAUCUGUUGUGGCAUGCAGACUUAAUGGAUCAGAAGGGAUUCAUUAAAGCAGGAUACAAAACGUUUAUAGUUGAAUGUGGAUGGGAAAGAGAUCUAAAGAUAAAGGAGGAUUACAAGAUAGAAUGGAGAGACACAAAUAUGCCCCAGGACCAAAGAUGA